CCAACAAAGCCCCGAUCAAAGCGCGGACCGAGCACAGAGGAGGGAAGUGCGAAACCCUUCUCUUCAAGCUUCGUCAACUCUCGUGCUGCGACGGCGUUGGGCGACCGGAACCUUCGACUCUUUCUCAACCAUGGUGUACAUAACUUCCUGGGACGAGUUCGUCGAUCGAUCGGUUCAGCUGUUCCGCGCCGACCCAGAAUCUACGCGGUAUAGCAUGAAGUACCGUCACUGCGAUGGGAAAUUGGUCCUCAAGGUCACGGACAAUCGGGAGUGUCUCAAGUUCAAAACAGACCAGGCACAAGAUGCUAAAAAGAUGGAGAAGCUCAACAACAUAUUCUUUACCUUGAUGGCUCGUGGUCCCGAUGCGGAUGUGGCGGAAGCUGCGGGCAAAGAUCCGACGGAAGCACAGGCCACGAAGAAAGGAAGAGGAAGAAAGCAAUAGUUUCUUUGGCUGAUAAACAUGAGUAGGCUUUUUUCAUUACAGGACUCGUGCAUGAGAAUUGGUCCCAGUAAAGGGGAAAAGGACCAUGAGUUCGACAUCUCGUUUUUACCGCUAGAAUGCCCUUUAGCGAAGAAAGAAAGAAGUCGAGAAAUGGGAAAAGGACGCGACUGUUUUUGCCGGCAUUAUUUUCUUAACUCCCCUUUAAAUAGAGGUUUCUACUCUGAAAGAGGGUGUUGAUAAUGAUCUUGCUACUUCAGAUUUUGCU